AUGUCCGACCAAGAUAUGUCCACGCAUAUUCUCAGGGGAAAACAAGUCCCCCAACAAGAUAAUGACCUCCGCGAAGAAUGGCCUCCCGAAUCCGUCAGCAACUACCAGAUGAUCCCUAAAGAGCAUGCGUCAACCUCGCUGGAGCAACAGACAUGGCAGCCUCAAGCGGCGGAGAAACAGCAGACAGAGUCUCAGCCCCUCCUUCAUCAUCAAGCUUUCACAGUUUCUAAUACAGAUGUCAAUGCCAAUGUGCAAGGCAGAGUCCCGAACAGACACUCUCUGUUAUUCGAGGAGUGGAAAGCUAGAUCUUUACGGAGCCCAGAGCAAUUGAAUGCGCUAGCUGCAGUGCAUGAAGAAAAUAACACUGAGACCAAGAGAAGCAUAUUAUCGGGAGAUGUUAGGGUGUUAUUAGGGGAGCGCUUUGAUAAACCUGGAAGUGGUCGAAAGAAGAUUAAGCCGGUUCAGGAUAGCCCCCCUCAGGCUGAAUUGAACGAUGCAAGAAAAAAAGAGACAUCAGGCGAUGACAAAUCCAAAUCGGUGGAACAAACUGCAGGAUCAGCCUAUGUUCACACAACCCCUAAGCCGGCAAAUAAAGACUCUAUUCACUAUCCCAAGACCGAGAAGUUGCGGAAUAGGGCUACGUCUAAAGAUGAUAGAGCGCUACUAGGAGAACACUCUGAUAGAGCAACAGACGCCCAGGCAACGACCAGUUUGGACAACGGUUGUCAUGUCCAGCAGACCAAGGCAGCCAAGGCCGACAGUACUAUUACGUCGAAGGACACCAGAUGGUAUGGCAGGAAGAACUCCAAGCGAGCAAGUAUUGUUCAAACGAGCAAUUCAAUUGCGAAUAAUGGCCACAAGCAGCAGUCUAAAGUCAAGAAUGACAAUACCAACGAAGAAGGCCAUACACCCGCUCCAUUCUCCGAAAACAGCAAUACGCCCGUUGUCCAGCCAGAAACAAGCUCCAGGAAAACAGGGAAUAGAGGAAUCAAAUCCAUGGAGCGACAGCAUGAUCACGAGCGCCAGAGAUCCCGUAGGCGCCAGGCUUCACACGAACGGCAAUUUUCCCAAAGACGCCUGGCCCAGGAACUGCGACCCUCUAAAGAGCCGCAGCCCCCACGGGCGCUUCAGCCUGCUCACGCACAGCAAUCCUCUGAGAAGUGCCAGGAUUCCCAAGCACAACAACCUUCCCACGCACGUCAGCCUUCUAGAGAACACCAGGGCUCCAGUGAACGUCACACCUACCCCUCAGAAAAGGGCUCUAUAGAACGCAAGCAGCGCUCCCGGGAGCGCACCCACGAGCAGGUAGUGUAUACAGCUCAAAAUGGUACUCGGUAUGGGGUGGACGAGCUGAGAAGACUGGCUCACGGAGUCAAGAUCAGCGCCAAUGUUAAGGUGUAUUUCAUUCCUUGCUUCAUUGGAGACCCGUGGAAAGAUGUCGAGCCGGUCCCUUGUGUCCGUCCGCCGGACCUCAUGAGCCGAUUCUGA